UUAUUAGUAGAAAAUUUUUUAUAACAACAAAAUUCCCAAAAAGGAAUUAGAACUACAUAAAGAAAUCUCUCGAAAGCUAACUUCACCACUAACCGCUAGGUUAUGUUUUCCAGAUACAAUUAUCAUCGAUUUGACAUUUCGUGUUGACACCCAACUUUUCUUAUCUGGAGAUCAUUAACUUUACUCAAUAUAUCUAACAUUGAGUACCAUCCAUACCUUUACCUCAUGUUCGUUAUCUUACAGCCAAACAUUGUCUACCCGGAAGUUCGUUGAAUGUAAAUAAAACUUACCUUACCCAACAUUUCUUACCUGGAGGUCAUUAACACGUUCGCUGCCGACUACGAGUUAACUCGUAUCUAAACCAUGGUGACCAUGGUUAACGGAGUCGCUCGGCAGCGAACGUGUUAACCGUACUAAACAGAACUGACCUAACCCAAUCUACCUGGCAUUGAGCAUCCUCCAUGACCAUACCCAACGUUCUUUACCUGGGAGAAUAAACUGGAUUAGCUCAACAUCUUGGGACUUUCUACCCGGAAGUUCAUUGAAUGUAAAUAAAACUUACCUUACCCAACAUUUCUUACCUGGAGGUCAUUAACCAUAGUAAACAGAACUACCUAACCUAAUCUACCUGGCAUUGAGCAUCCCCCAUGACUUUACCCAACAUUCAUUGACGAUGGAAAUAAAAUAUAAAAAAAAUAAUCAAAUUGGGGUGAAUUAUAAAAAAGAAUACAUUUCCUUAUUAGUUAGGUUAACCGUUAAAAAUAACUCAACCAUAACAUCCCCAUGGCAACGCACUCACAACAAUUUCUACGCCACAUAACAUUGACUUUUUAGUGACCAAGAACAAAUAUGUUAAGCUCAAUAAGAAUGAAAAAUAUAAAUUGUGAACAAGAAGCAAAAUUUAUUCAAGAUCGUAUAUUAACGGUGGAAAAAAAUAUAUCAGAAUUAUGUUCGGUUUUUAGUGGUUAUUCCCGAAAAGUCGCCCGAAUAAGAGACAAAGGUGAUGAAUUAUCGAAAGUAAUCGUAGCUUACGCCGAAACCGAAGAGGUUAAUAAAUCGUUAAGUAACGGAUUGAUAAAUUUCGCCACACAAAUCUCGUCAAUAAGCGAUUACGGCGACGUUAGAACGCAAAAUAUUGACCAAAAAGUGGUUAAUGAAUUUUCGCAAUAUGAAAAUAUUUGUAAACACGCGAAAGAUGAAGUUAAACAAAUUUAUGCGGCGAGAACUAAAGAGAUUUCGAGGAAGAGACAAUUAGAUCGAGCUAAAGAAAGAAAUCCGAGAAAUCGACAACAAAUUGUUCAAGCUGAAUCAGAGUUGGUAAAGGCGUCGGCGGAAGUUUCAAAAACUAUAAAUAAUUUAGAAGAACAAAUAACGUCUUUUGAAAAGCAAAAAUUACACGAUUUAAAAGUAAUUUUAUUAGAUUUUGUUGCAACAGAAAUUGGGUAUCAUGCAAAAUGUUUAGAGCUUUUAACUAAAGCUUAUAAAGCUGUUGAUAGAAUUGAUGAGGAAUCUGAUUUACAGGACUUUCAAAAAAUUAGGGAAAAAUUUGAAAUGGAAUUCAAGAAAUCUUUAAGAUUACCAGAAUCAUCAUCAAACACUCAAGGCAAACGUUCUUUAUUCAGAGCAUCUCAAUCGUUGGGAUCGUUGAGUUCAAUUUUUUCGACUCCAAAAAAGAAAUUUCCUGGAGUUCCAACAACGACAAAAAAUUCUGGGAUGAGAGAUAAAAGAAUUUCAAAAAGUGAGGAAAUUUUGGAUUCUUCCAAAGAUGAAGACGACGAAUCUUAUUCGGAAGCUUCAAAAUCUGAUUAUUCGGAUGAAUCGGAUACGAGUAAAGGGGAUGUUGAUGAUAAUGUUUCUCCUUUUAUUGCUAAAAAAUAUUUAAAGUAAAAAAAGUUUUA